CUUAUCUCUUUGUGAACAGUGCCUGUGAUCCCAGUUUCGACAAUAUUUUCAACGUUAUUACAUCUUGAUUCAAUAUUUCAGAAAUGUUUCGUGUCGGAUUUCUAUUUGUUUUGGCAAUUGGUCUCGUUCAUGGCGAUGCUUGUCCGUACGUGAACACACUAGACUGCAAGACAAGGUCGACAGAGGUUCUAUGUGGAACUAAUGGAGUAUCAUAUGACAACAACUGUUACAUGGCCAAGGCUUAUUGUGCUGACAAUACAAUUCAUAAAGUACAUGACGGCGCAUGCGCAACAUCAACCACACCCUCACCGGUACAUGGAAGUGAGCUUGUCCUUGAUAUUUUCUGUUUAGAGUUGAUUCACUUUAAAUGUCCUGCCGGCGGGUUAAAGAUCUGUGGAAGCGAUGGAACAUUCUACGAAAAUAUAUGUGAGUUUGACAAAGCACGCUGUUUCCACCGAACUCUCAAAGACAACGGCGCCAACUGCUCUUAAACGAUUUAAGGAUUCUUAAAUGAUUAGCUGUAAACAGAAAUAAUUAAAUUUAUCAGACA